AUGAAAAAUUUCGAAACUAUAGGGAAUUCUCGCGAGAAUGAAGAAUGCCCUGACAAAGACUUGCAAUCAGAAUGCGAAGGUCUUUGCCGAGUGGAUUACAACAAAUGUCGUCUCCUUUGUGAAACUGAAUACUGUCAAUCCAUUUGCGAAAGAGAGUACCAAUUCUGCCUUGACAAUUGUCCAUGUGGAAUCAACUGCAAAGAAGGAUGUAUCAACUGCGACAAUGAAAUUUGUCCGGUGCGUUUUCUCUUGGUCAUGGGCUACAGUUUAAUCGACGCUUUCUCGAUUUCCUUCGAUGGAUUGACAAAAACAGGAGCGAAAAUAACCGCACCGUCAGACGACUACAUUAAAUACGCACCUCAUGCUCUUGUCAAAGGCGAGCUCUACAUUUUCGGAGGAGCGACGGACUUUCAAAAGGUAUUGAAAAAUCCCUUGAUUUUCAAAUGA